CUCUAGUUGGCGUUGUUGGGACAGCUGUGUCCGGUUGAAUCCAGCAUCUAUUUAUACCUCUCCCUCUUGAUGUAGAUAUUAAUUUAUGAUGGUUAAUGUAAAGUAAUGCUGUUAGCUUUCGUCGGAAGUGGCGACACGGGUUAAAACUAAACGAAUCAUCCGCUUGCUGUUCCAUAAAACAGGUACCGUGCCGGGUGACCUUUCUUGCAAGUGUCAACGACUGAAUGAUCUUGGAUACACAUCUUUCGCGUGACAAGACUUUGAAUUAUUAUGUUUAGCCUGCGUAUUUCCCCAAGCAGUGUUAUAACACUUAUCAGAACAUACCGGACUAGUUCCAUUUUGAAUCAAUAUGCAAGAACUUACGGAAAACGUAAUUAUUACGAUGUCUUGGGAAUAUCGCCGAAAUGUACCCAAGGUCAAAUCAAGACCGCUUUCUAUGCACUGUCGAAAGUCUACCAUCCUGAUGUUAAUGACGGAGUUGACGAGGCAGGCAAAUUUGCAGAGAUAACCGAAGCGUACAACGUGCUUGGUAAUUUCACGCUGCGGAAACGCUAUGAUAAAGGUAUACUUGGACCGAGAGAUUUUCGUGGUGAUUUCAAGCCGGAGCCAGAAGAGUCAGUGAUGAAGAAGCGAAGUGGUGUAUACACUGGGCAAAUGUACAAUGCUCAAGGAGAUAAGGUGUAUGAUUUUGAUGAGUUCUAUCGACUCACUUAUGGCAAUCAGUUGGCACGGGAACAGCGGUUGCGUAAUCUCCGCAAGAUUGUCAAGGAAAUUAAUCAUAAAGAAGAUUCAAAUGAAAGCCGGAUGAUGGUUGGUGAAAUCGGUACUGUGCUGGCGGUUUGCCUUUUUGUUUACCUUCUCUACAGCAUCAGUUCUUCGGGAUCCAAUAAUGAUAUUUUAAGCAAAUCCAAUAAACAUGUAAACGACCCGUGAAAUACGAACGUCUCUUACUCAAAUUAGGGGUGUUGCUGUGGCAAAACAAGUUUGAACAUUGGUAUUUCUGUGGUUUAUAGUUCCAUGGUAUUUCUCAUCAUACUCUACCAGUACAGUACAUCAUCUUUUAGUCUCCUAAAAACAUUGACACAGUCAGUUUUUUAAAUCUUUCAUUAGUUUGCUCAAAUUAAUGUUCAGAAACAUGGAAAAUGCUGAUUCCAAUUGAAGUUGUAUAUAUGCAAUUGACAAAACUCAAUCAGAGGAACACAACAAAGGACAUUAUAGCGUUCAUAUUUGUGCAUCAAGUGAAAAACACACACACAGUGGGUGUGUAUAAUUCAGAUGUGUUGCUUUACUGUAGAUAACAGUGUAUAACAAACUUGAUGGUCCUUAAGUUUGUUAUCUUCACUGCACAUCCCUACUCGUGAGUGAUCGCUACUGCGAAACAGUAUACUUAACAAUAUUAG